ACCGCAGUAACAACAUGAAGCUUAUUGCUCUGGUUGCAGCCGUCGCAUCUCUUCUUUGUGCCGCUUCGGCCUCCCCUCUACCGCACCAUGGCUUUGGCUAUGGAGGACAUGGCUUCAGAGGCUACGGCUUAGACUUCAGAGGACACGGCUACGGUUACGGGCCAUACAGGCACGGUUUCGGAGGACACAGUAUUGAGCAUGGCUUUGGAGGAUAUGGCAGCUUUGAACAUUUCGGUUGGGAUGACUGAUUGAAUUUGACAUUCGUUAAUCAUAGAUUAUUUAUUUAUAAUUACAUUCUCUGAUCACAAACUCUCAGCAGGAAAUCCGAAGAGCUUUCUUCUCUUAGUUAUUAUUUUCAGUUUUAUACGUCAUGUCCUCUUAAUGGCUUGAAGCACCUCGUACCAUUUGUUGCCAAUUGCCAUUGCUCAUUAAUUUUAAUGCAUUGCCUUAUACACCCAUCAUUUAUAUAUCAAUCGAUACAUGCCAAUCAAUCAUCAUCUGAGG